GCGCUGCUGCGCUGCCCGUGCGCUCAUUUAGGGGCUCGCCUCCGGGAAGGUGGAGUGAGUCUCGGACCCGGGUUCGAAGGCAGGUGGCGAGAUGAGGCGGGCGCCAGCGUUCCUGAGCGCAGCCGAAGUGCAGGACCACCUCCGCAGCUCCAGCCUCCUCAUCCCGCCUUUGGAGACCGCUCUGGCCAACUUCUCCAGAGGUCCCGAUGGAGGAGUCAUGCAGCCGGUGCGCACCGUGGUACCGGUGGCCAAGCACCGAGGCUUCCUGGGAGUCAUGCCAGCCUACAGUGCUGCUGAGGAUGCACUCACCACCAAGUUAGUCACCUUCUACGAGGGCCACAGCAACACAUCCACCGUCCCCUCCCACCAGGCUUCAGUGCUUCUCUUUGAUCCCAGCAAUGGCUCCCUGCUGGCGGUCAUGGACGGCAACGUCAUAACUGCAAAGAGAACAGCAGCCGUGUCUGCCAUCGCCACGAAGUUUCUGAAACCCUCAGACAGUGACGUGCUAUGCAUCCUUGGGGCUGGGGUCCAGGCGUACAGUCAUUAUGAGAUCUUCACAGAGCAGUUCUCCUUCAAGGAGGUGAGAAUAUGGAACCGCACUAGGGAAAACGCAGAGAAGUUUGCAAGCACAGUGCAAGGAGAUGUUCGGGUCUGUUCAUCGGUUCAGGAGGCUGUGGCGGGUGCUGAUGUCAUCAUCACAGUCACCAUGGCAACAGAGCCCAUUUUAUUUGGUGAAUGGGUGAAGCCUGGGGCUCACAUCAAUGCCGUUGGGGCCAGCAGACCUGACUGGCGAGAACUGGAUGACGAGCUCAUGAAGCAAGCCGUGCUGUAUGUGGACUCCCGGGAGGCCGCCCUGAAGGAGUCAGGGGACGUUCUGUUGUCAGGGGCUGACAUCUUCGCUGAGCUUGGAGAAGUGAUAUCAGGAGUGAAGCCUGCACACUGUGAGAAGACCACGGUGUUCAAAUCCUUGGGGAUGGCAGUGGAAGACUUGGUGGCAGCCAAACUCGUGUAUGAUUCCUGGUCAUCUGGCAAGUGAGAGGAAGGAGCUGUGCACUGACCGCCAUUACAGCUCAAAGGCUGUCUCAUGAUGGAUGUCCAGAUCAAAGAGGGAGCUUAGUCCCCGUGAACUGCAGUGGUUUUCAUCUUUGAGUGCCGACAUCCCUACUCGUGUUUGUAGUUGGGUAGCUAAACCAGGUAACUAUUUCUUCUGUUACAAGGUGAUGUCAUCAUUGCCUACUCUCCAUCUCACUAGCUUUGUCUGUCUAUGAAAUAAAGCAUUUCCAUUUCUCCAGUG